AUGUCUGAGAAGCAGGCGGAAUCUCGCGACUCAACACAGACUUCUUCUUCAGGCCCUCAGACGUACGGUACAGUCGAAGAGCUUAAGAAAUAUAUUGAAAGCACCAGGGAGAAACUCAUGAACGACCCCCGCACGAAGCAAAUGAUUGAUUCAGGAGAGGCAACGUGGGACGAGGUGAAGUCGUACUUGAGGGAGCAUGCGCCUCAGCGUGUGAUCGCCAGCGGCCCCACCACCACAACUUCCACUUACACGUACUCUGCGGGUUUCUGGUGCCCCGUGACGCAAGGGGGAUCCUUUACAGCUGCACCGAAUACAGUAUUUGAAGUUGCAUGCGUUGCGGAAACAACAAAAAAGAUAAAUUUGAGGCCCCAAGUAGAUGUUGUAUUCGAUGCAAAAGCUAAUCAACUUGUUUUUGGUUUCGAUCUACCUGGAUUCAGAAAAGAUGAUAUUAAUGUUGAAAUAGAAAACAGAUGUCUCAGUGUCUCAGGGUCUCGCCCGAAGAUAAACCUGAAAGAGGUGUACGGAGAGCAAAUGAAGUGCUUGGUGGCGGAGAGAAAUUUUGGUUUCUUUUGUAGGCAAUACCAGCAGUACAACAUACGUGGGGACUGGGGUCAGCAGCAGCAGCAACAGCAGCAGCAGCAACAGCAGCAGCAGCAGCAGCAAUAG